AUGUUGACCAUCAUAUUGAUAGUGCUUCUUGCUCUGUACACCCCAGCACACGCUCAUUCUUGGGUGGAAGAGCUCAUCCUCAUUGCUCCAAAUGGAACCUUCACCGGCACUCCAGGGUAUGCGCGAGGGAACUACCUGCGCACGACAUCGGGCUUCAGCGACACUACCAUGACCUACUUGAUUCCGCCCAACACAAGGGUAAAUGUGACUCAGAUUCUGCCAACCGACAAAAUGUGCAAGGACACCCAGCAGGAUCAGACUCAGUCAGAGGGAAGCCCUCGGCUUGAAGCCAGCCCUGGCGCGGCGAUUGCCCUUCGGUACCAGGAGAACGGCCAUGUGACACUUCCCCAGAACCAGCCCGGAAAGCCCGCCAAUGGGGGAUCCGUUUAUGUUUAUGGCACCACAGAACCCAAGACAGACGAGAAGUUUCUUGAUGUUCAUGGAGCCUGGACCCAAGAUGGCACUGGAGGUGAUGGACGGGGAGUACUCCUGUCAGUACAGAACUACGACGACGGCCGUUGCUACCAGGUCAAUUCGGGGGAAAUCUCAGGGACUCGACAAGCGGAAUAUACCCACACAGCAGACCCGCUUAUGGGAGCAGACCUCUGGUGUCAGCAGGAUAUUCAACUGCCCUCCAAUGCUCCCAGUGAGAAGCCCUACACACUCUACUGGGUGUGGGACUGGCCCACCGCUGCGGGUGAUGAUCCCACAUAUCCCAAUGGAAAGGCCGAGAUCUACACAACUUGUAUGGAUGUGGACUUGGUGAACAAGGUCGGCAAGCAGGCAAUCAAGAGCAACUAUGAGACUGACCAAGAUCUCAACAAUGCUGCAAUCCCUUCGCAGUUCGAUGCGCUCGGCGAUCCGAUAUCCUCCCAGCCAUCCUCUCAGUCAUCAUCCUCUCAGCGGAGCAUUUUUGUCACAUCGUUAGCUGCGACAGGGGUUGAACCUAAAACAGUAACAGUGACAGAUUGGGAAAUCAUCACCAGCACUGUAUUUAUGGCUGGGAGUCAACCCACAUAA